CACUCAGUUUCCUACCUAGUAAAAUAUUUGAGCCCCGAAAAAUAAAUGGCAAAUCCAUGGAUUCACGAUUUAAAUUAUUUUUGGGUAAUUGAAUUACCUGUCCGAGUAUGAUAUUAUACCCAACAACCAUUCCAACGUUACCAUCGAACAUGCACAAUUCAAUGAGCUCUUUCACCGUUUCCCACCUUACAACGAAGGGAAGGUGCUUGGACUCUGUUACUCGGGCUGCUUUGAAAAUUUAAUCAAUCUGAGAGAAAAUUCUUAGCAUUAUUGCUAAUGAAUUUCUGCAUUACAUCCAGUUCCAGCUAUAUUUUCUAUAAUUUAUCAAAGUAGGGUUUUAUGUACCCCGCAAAGCUUUAGAGACAGAAACAAGCUUUUUGUGGAAUGUAAUGACGAGUAUUGUCUUCUGUUCUUCCAUUUAAGAAAGAGUAAAAGGAGAAUACAAUGGGACUAACUUCAAAUAGUAGCAGUAGUGAAGGACUUCAGCUUUGUGUCUUUGAUAUGAGAAGAGGGCAGGAAGAGGGUCAUGAGCUCGAUAAGAUUCUUUUUUUCUUCCCUACCAGUUGUUCUCUUACAAGUCAGCUUUCUGUCAUUGGACUCAGUGAGGGACUGAUUACAUUCACUAGGAUCUUCUCCCCAGAGGCUCCUUGUGAAGUAAUCGAUACUGAUAAACAUUCACAUGUACUGUAUCAGCCAGAAGCUGACAUUUGGAUGAUAUUGGUGGUUGAAAAGAGUAAAGAAUAUAAGGAAGUAAGUCGACCCAGUGCACUAAAAUCUGUUCUCAAGGAAGCACAUUGCCUUUUUACUAUGUUUUUUGGUUCCAUAAGGGCAUUGCUUGAAAAGCAGCCUAAUGGUGCAACUGUAAGGAGCUGCCUAUAUGCAUUUUAUACAGAUUAUUUGUCAGAUUUUAUAGUUGGGAAGAAAUUUCAAAUGCCCUCCUUCUGUGAAUCAUUGGUAGAACGAGGGACUAUUCAGAUGCUUUCAAUUGGAAGGGAAACGGCUCUUGAAGUUCAGUCACUUGUCAGGUUUUUGGAAUCCUCAUUCACUGGAAGCAUUCCUCGACACUCACUAAUACUUUUUAAUGACUUUCUGGUUUCAACAACUCUUCCUUCGGGGGACACAACAAAUCUGUACACUUAUGCAGUAUUACGGUUGACUCCAAAUGCAAUUGCUUCUGGUGUCAAUUCCCGUUCCUAUUUGAAAAAAGGAAAUCUUGCAGUUCGUGAUCCUGUAAGUCCUAUGUUUAGUAAUGUCACACCUGUGCCAGAGGAUGUCAGUCCUACCUCCCGUGAUACUUCUCCAGUUAGACAAGAUCGAAAAUUUCAAGUUCCAAGGCCUCUACAACAUGAGAAAUGGUGGAGAGAAAAGGAUGGCUUCCUUAUGACAGACAUUUGGGGGACAGAGAUAGCUGGAAGGAGUGCUCUAAGCCCAACUGUUUGGUUACAACAAACAGAGGAACGGAUGCAUUUGUGUGCGUAUCAAUACAAGAGUCUGACAAUCCUCCUCCUCAUUCCAGCUGGUUCAUCAGCCAAUGGGAUGCAGGGUAUCUCCAUACUGAAGCAGCAACUUCUUGAAAAUGCAUAUCUAAAGAUAUUAAAGCUGGAGGAGAAAUUAAGUAGAGAGUGGGGGGGUGGCAAUACCUACCAUGUACCUGGAUACAGGUACUUGUUUUGUGAUAAUGAUAAAAAUGUGUCGAGGGCAUCUCCUCCUGGAAAGGUUACAACGCUUUCAAAGAGCUCCUUGGCUGCCUUAAGCAAGAUGAGAGCAGAAGUUGAUUUGGUAAAGAAGAGGGCAGAAAGAGACAAUCAAAUUCAUGGACAGGAUUUGGAAGUUUGCAUGAGAGCAAAAAAUAAUUCAUGGAUCAUUUCUAGGAUCAGUGGUGGAAAUGAGCUUUAUAUGGCUCUUGAAAAAGCUAGUGAGACACUUCUCUAUGCAUCUGAUGCUGUGGAGAAAUUUAGCAAAAGGUACUGUAAUGGUGUAUUUUCCUCGGACUAAACUGUUAUAUGUAUAUUAAUUAUUGUUAGACAGAUGUACCUGUAAAGUCUCACAACAGUCAAGUAGUCCUGUCAAACAAAAGAGGUAGCCUGCAAAGUGUAUUUAUUAAAGUUUAGGAAUUCUACUUAAUAUACAGAAUAAUUCCUCGUGUGGAAUAUUUUAUUUAAUUAACAUAAACUCCAUCAUUACUGCAUUCAUAUGUGCAUGUUAGAACUUUGGCUAUUUGGCAACAUUAAGAGUUGCAUUGCUUAGUCUCAUUUUUAUUCAACAUCAGCAGCGGUAUCUCCUUUUUCCUGAAUAUGAGAUGUGUAUCAAUUUGCUCA